AUGGAGAUCGAUGAGUUGGAAUAUCUAAAUUUGGAUAUUGACUAUGAUCCCCAGGUCGAAGACAGAUCUACAUUGUUCAUGAAACAGACAUUGAUGCAUUCCCCUAUAUUCCAGAACAUUUUCCCCCGGUUUCAUGUAUCUACUGCUAAUAACAUUCGUCAAAUCAGGAACUUAUCUCAUCAAGAUGAUAGUGAUCAGUAUCUUUCAUUACAAGAAGAAGACUCACAAUUUGGAACCUUCAACGAUGAUGACCUACUCAUGGAUAUGAGUCAAUCACAAUCACAAAAUAAGGACGUUAAAGACAUGUAUGAUACUGAUAACAAGACUACCAAACUUCAGAUCAUAUCUGUUAUAGUGAAGAAUACCAGUCUAUUAGUCAAUGGUUUACAUUUUCCCUUCAAUUCCAAUAUAAGAUCGUCGUGUAUCAUAAAAGGUAUAAGAAACGAACGAGUUCAAGAGGAAGAUUCUUUGCUUAUAUCACUAAAAUCGGGAUUCUUAUUGUUGAUAAGAUUCUUUUAUGUACCAAUAACAUUCCAUGAUAAUGACUUUAAUGAAAAUUUCGGAGACAAGAAGAAGGUUUUUAAACCAUUUGUGGUCCAAUGGUGGGAUACGUCUAGUGAAUUACGGUCUCCUUCGAUAUUUUCAUCAGGUAAUAAUUUAUAUUCCCAUUGUUCAGGACUUGCAGCUGUUUCUACAUCAUCUUCCAGCUGUUUCAGGAUAUAUAAUUGUAAUCAUACCAAAUUGGGAGUGGUCUUUCAACCCCAUUAUAAUGUCGUGGUAGAUGGAAGUAUCCUACAUGGAUGUUUUGCUCAACCUAUUAAAGGUAGUAUUCUCGAUAACCAUGUUAUGUUCUUAACUAUGAACUACACAACCGUGUCCACUUUAGAGUUAAACCUUUAUUCAUGGAUUACCACCGACAAAAUCAACGAAAGUUUGGGGAAGUCAUCUUUACCUUUACCAGGAGAUUUCCCCCUUCCUAGUUUCAUCGCUUCUUUGAGUAACAAUGGGAGUUUCCUUUUUGUUACCCCAGGAGAAUUGAUCAUAAUAACUGUCCAUGAUAUAACGUCAGCAGAAUUCAAUUUCAAAAGAGAGAGAUUCCCAGGCUCUUUCCCUACUAAUUACUAUUAUCCGAAAACCAAUAUCGUUUUGAAUACCGAUGAAUCAAACAUCGAUGAACUACUCAUUUCCACUGACAAUGGAUCCAUUUAUUCUGUUAUUAUCAAUAAGGGUGUUAUCAGUCAAGUAAAGUUGAUUGUUAGGAUAUCUGACCCUAUAUCCAUUUUCACUCUCGAAGCCAAUUCCAAUGGCUAUGAUUUGAUCUAUGGUAGUGAUACGGGAUUAAACAGACACAUAUUUAUCGAGAAAUUAUUGACCGACACCACUCCCAAUUCCUAUAGUCAAUCUUUGCUAUUGACUAGUUAUAAGAAUUGGGCUCCAAUUUUUGAUGUUCAAAUAAUUGACUCCUUCAAAUCAAGAAAUUGUUAUCAAAACACCAAAAAUGAAUUCUGGUGCAUUUCAGGUAUUGGGAAAAGGGCAAGAUUGAGUCAUUUGAGAAAUGGUUAUUCUCUAGCUAGAACCACUACUCCUUAUCAAAGUUUACGAAAAGUCGAGAAGAUGUUUGUGUUAGACAUUCAUGGAACAACGUAUGUAUGUUGCAGUCUCCCUUUCGAAACAGUGUUCUUAGAAUACCAACCUCAAAAUGAUGACCCUUUGAUAGAAGUCAGUGAGGUUUGUAUUAAUUAUGACAGUCCAACAUUAUUGAUGUCAAUGGUAUCUGAAGAUUUGUGUGUCCAGAUCACCCCCCAUAAAGUCAUCAUUACAUCUAUAGGUUCCUUUGUUGGUUUGAAAGACUAUGAUGAAGUCAUUGUUAUUUGUGAUAUCAUUGACGAUAAAGUAAUCAUUGUAUCCCAGUUAGAUGCUACUAAUUAUCAACUCGAAUUGCUUCAAAUAUCCACCGAACUUACAAUCUUAUAUAAGAGUGAAGUCAACAUGCAAGUAUCAUCAUUAAAGUUGAUCUCUGUAGAUGAUGGGUUGUCGAUCGUCCUUGGUAGCUUUGAGUCCGAGGUCCGAACUAUUGAGUUGGUCAAAGGGGCUAAUCAUAUGCAAGACGAAGACUCGCUCACCUUUAUGGAAAAUAGUGUGUCUACAGUUAAUCUUCAUGAAUUUAUAGAUACUGAUGAUACACUUAUACCUCAAAAUAUGCUUUUUGCCAAUGGGCGAAUACUACUAGGUACUAGGGAUGGGUAUCUUUUCCAAUUUAAUCCUGGGAUGUCAUUUCAAAAUUACUACAAGUUAAGUGAUACUAACGUUGAAUUACACCAAGUAUCUUCGAAUCUUAAUAAAAUACUUGUAUCGUGCAAAUCUUUGUGGUUGGUAGAUUUCGACGAUUAUGGACAUCCGGAACCCAUCCUUUUUGACGAAAAGAAUGAUAAGAUCGUUAAAACAGUUGCUCCCAUGAUUUCCCAUACACAAGUUGGUUUUCUGUUAUUGAUGGUCAGAGAUGAGGGAUUAUCUGUGGCUAAUAUUUCAGAUUACAAGAUUCCCAACAUUAAGCAAAUUAAUAUUGGUGAUGCAGCAAAGAAGUUUAUCUAUUUGCCCUUCCUUUCAGUCUUCAUGAUUCUAACUGAUUCCAAAGAUGCCAAAGCGAGGUUGAGAUUUGUAGACAGGAAGACAUAUAAACUCUUGCCACACACUGAGAUGGUUAGUCGGCUGAAAGGUCUUGAAGAUAGCAUUUUUGAAAAAGACGAAUAUCCUGUUUGUUGUAAGAUUUGGUCAUUGGAUAAGUUGGGGAAGAAAUCGAAAAAGAUCUUGAUUGGUUGUUCCAAUGGAACAAAGGGCUCGUUCAAGAUUCUUGAUAUAACCAAAGUUUCCACUGAGGAAAACAAACUGGCUAUAAAAUGUGUUCAGUUGAUUGAAUUUAAACAUUCGAGUCCUAUAAAUUGUAUCGAACAAGUCGAUAGUAACAUAAUUUUUUCCAGUGAAAAUUCUAUUUAUUCCACAGUGUAUAAUAUUGAAGGUAAAAGAUUACAACCUGUAUCAUCAAUGGUAACAUUAACCAGUCCAAUUACUUCCAUUGUGGUUGAAGACAGUUUGAUCAGUUUAACCACUAAAUUUGAUUCCAUUUAUCAGUUCAUGUUCAAAAAAGAGGAUCUUAAAGCUUCAUUAUCUUUUAUUGCUGAAGAUCCCUUGUCCAAAUCAAUAGCCAAUCAUGCUAUUGUUGGGGAUAAAGUUGUAGUUGCUGAUAAAUAUCAUUCGGAUAUAAUCAUCAUGGACAAGAAAGCUAAGAACCUCGUUUCUACUGGUACCUACAAAACUUUCGGUGUUCCUCGGGUUUAUAAAGGAGAUUUUCAAUAUUACUGGGCUCCCAACCAUUGCAACAAUAGCUUUGUUUCUGUAACAGUGGAUGGUGAAGUGACCAUAUUCAAGGAGAUCAAUGAAGAUUCACUCGAAUAUCAAGAUUUAGAUAAUCAUUUUAAUAUUUCAGGAAAACCACAAGACAAGCUAUUCCCCGUACAAGUUUGGGAUGCUCCAUUUACAGAUAAAAUCACCGGAAAAGGAUUGAAAUCCAUUAACAAACCAUAUUUCCGGAAUAAGGAUAAUAAGAAAGGUAUGAUUGAUUACGAUAUUGAAGACAUUUCCAGAGUUUGUAAAUCCUAUACUUCUUUAUAA